AUUUAUGUGCAAGUACUCAUCCAUAUGACCAUAUCCAUUCAAUCCUAGAGUUCCCAAAUCCCAAAUCAAAUCCAAUCUUCUCGUUUGAUUUCCAGCUGUGUUCAUACAAAAAUCCUCCUUCCUUUAGUCCAUUGUUCGUCGGUUGGUGAUCCUUGUAGUGCUUGCGCUUCAACCACCAUUUCUCCACUUUCUGAGUUUUAUGGGUCAAAUCCCCACUUUGUCUCUCCGGCGAAGUGGACUUCAUUGACUUAAUCCUCACUGCGGAGUGGACUUCAUUCACUUUUCACUCUGCUUCUGAAUUCCGAUCACAAGCAGCAUCCAGGAGUUUGAAAUUUGCUGYGUUCUUCUCUUCUCAAGGUGAGGACGAUGAGUGCUGCUGCCGAUGCCAGCCUUCAGCGGCUUGAAUUCAUCCAUUUGCACAAAACCGCCGCACUGUUGGAAGCGGCGGUAGUUCUUGGCGCCAUCCUCGGUGGCGGCUCCAAUGAGGAUGUUGAGAAACUGAGAAAUUUCGCGAGGUACAUCGGAUUGCUAUUCCAAGUUGUGGAUGACAUUCUGGACGUAACAAAAUCUUCAAACGAAUUGGGGAAGACGGCAGGGAAGGAUUUGGUUGCUGAUAAAGUUACUUAUCCUAAACUCAUGGGGAUUGAGAAGUCGAGGGAAUUUGCUCAAAAAUUGAACAAAGAUGCUCAAGAUCAGCUCUCAGGGUUUGAUCCAGAUAAGGCUGCUCCAUUGAUUGCUUUAGCUAAUUAUAUUGCUUAUAGGCAGAAUUAGUACCAUUGAUCUGCUAAAAUUGCAUUCAUAGUGAAUAUUGAGGCUUCUUAAUUUGAGUUUGAUGCAAUUUCUUCUUGAAAUAUAGAUUCUGGAGUUGGUGCCCUGUAGUUUUGGUUUUAAGUUCAACCCAUUUGUAUCAUCUAGUGUUGUAUGAAUAUUGAUAAAAGCUGCCAAAAUUCUCUAUUCUUGUAUUAAAACGGUCCCUCAGACACAUCAUCAAUGAUCUUAUGUUAAGUAAUAGCAACAUUAUAGAUUUCAAACCUUUUUUACCAUAUAUAGAAUAUAAAACAUUCUGAAA